AUGAGGCCUCUCACAACUGCCGCGGCGUUCGCUCAUGCAGCCGUUCUGGGCAAACAAUCUGUGCCGACAAACUCUCCGGACCCGGAAUUGGAGGCAUUGAAGUCAGAAUUGGCAGAGCUGAAGCUGGAGAAGCAGCAGAUGCAAAUGUCCAAGGAGCGCGAGGAGUUCGAAAAGUCCGUCAGACAACAAGCGGAAGCGGCUUACAAUAACCGGGUGAAUGCAUGGCACCAGGAGGCGGCAGAAGAGAGAGAGGAAAUCAUGUUUGCAAAAAUGGCAGCCGAGCAAGCGGCACGGAAACAAGUAGAGGAGGAGCGUAAAGCGGAUGAGGAAAGAGAGAAGAAGCAUGCAUCUGCAUUGGCCAAAGUCGAGCUGGAAAUCCGGCAGAGACUCGAGAAGGAAGCUAUAGAGAGGAAGCAACGACAGGGUCUAAGGAGUCUGUUCAACCGGUCUUCGAGAAGUUACUAG